AUGGUCUUAAAGUCAACUUCUGCGGGUAACGUCUCAGUGUACCAAGUUUCUGGGACCAACGUAUCGCGGUCGUUACCAGACUGGAUUGCCAAAAAGAGAAAGAGAGCAUUGAAAAAUGAUAUUGAGUAUCAAAACCGUAUAGAGUUAAUUCAGGAUUUCGAGUUCAGUGAAGCUUCCAACAAAAUUAAAGUCACACCCGAUGGACAAUUCGCCAUGGCUACUGGUACUUAUAAGCCCCAGAUCCAUGUGUAUGAUUUUGCCAACUUGUCAUUGAAAUUCGAUAGACAUACUGAUUGUGAGAAUGUAGACUUUUUGAUAAUGUCUGACGAUUGGACCAAGUCUGUGCAUUUGCAGAAUGACAGAUCCAUAGAAUUCCAGACCAAGGGCGGAAUUCACUACAGAACGAGAAUCCCCAAGUUUGGGAGAAGUUUGGCCUACAACAGUAUGUCAUGCGAUCUCUAUGUAGGUGCUUCGGGCAAUGAGUUGUACAGAUUGAACUUGGACCAGGGUCGCUUUUUGAACCCCUUUGCAUUGGACACUUCUGCUGGUGUCAACGCUGUAACUGUCAAUCCAGUUCACGGAUUGCUAGCUGUAGCUUUGGAAGAAGGAGCGGUAGAGUUCUGGGACCCCAGAAGUAGAGUAAGAGCAGCUAAAUUAUUUGUAGAAGACCAACUUAAAGAACAAGUUCAAGUGACAGCAGCUUCAUUUAGAAAUGACGGUUUGAACUUUGCCUGUGGUACGUCUAAUGGUAAGGCUCUUAUCUACGAUUUGAGAACAGCUGUGCCUACCAUAGUUAAAGAUCAGGGUUAUGGCUUUGAUAUCAAGAAGAUCAUCUGGAUAGACGAUAACGAGUCUGAUGCUGACAAAAUAUUGACUACAGACAAGAGAAUAGCCAAGAUCUGGGACAGAAACGACGGAAAGCCAUUUGCAUCUAUGGAACCAAGUGUAGACAUCAACGACAUAGAAUAUGUUAAAGGUUCUGGAAUGUUCUUUAUGGCCAACGAAGGUAUACCUAUGCAUACAUACUACAUUCCUAACUUGGGUCCAGCACCCAAGUGGUGUUCUUUCUUGGACAAUGUCACUGAGGAGUUGGAAGAAAAGCCUUCAGACUCAGUCUACUCCAAUUACAGAUUCAUAACAAGAGACGACGUGGUCAAAUUGAACUUGUCUCACUUGAUUGGGACCAAGGUGUUGCGUUCGUACAUGCAUGGUUUCUUUAUUGACAACGAGUUGUACGACAAGGUAAACUUGAUUGCCAAUCCAAACUCGUACAGAGACCGCAGAGAUCGGGAAAUCAGAAAGAAGAUUGAAAAGGAGAGAGAGUCGAGAAUCAGAUCUACUGGUGCUAUCACAAACACUAAAAUCAAGGUCAACAAGGACUUGGCAGCCAAAUUGCAAGAAAAGCAAGGUUCUAACGCUGCCGAAUCUGUCAUCAAUGAUGACCGUUUUAAGGAGUUGUUCGAGAACCCCGACUUUGCUGUAGACGAAGAGUCUCACGACUAUAAACAGCUUAAUCCUGUUAAGGCUGUGAAGGAUGUCACUAACAGCAGAUCUCGUGGAUUGACUGCUGCUGAAGAGUCUGAUGAAGAGAGGAAUGCAGAAAGCGGCACUUUAUCGGAACUGUCUGAAGAAUCUGAGGAAGAAGAGGAAGAAGAUGAAGAAACAAAGGCAUACAAGAAGAUGAGAGUGGAAAAGGAAAUGGAGAAGUUGCGUCGUAAGAAGAAGGAACAGGAAGAAGCCAAGAGAUUUAUGAAUGAAAUGAAGGUUGUUUCUGAAGAGGGACCACAACAAAAGGCAUCGGAAUCGUUUGGUUCGCAAGUUAGAAAAAUCAAUAAGGUCACUAAAGAACAAGUCGGCGACAAGGAUUCGAGAUUGCGUCGCCAUGCUCGUGGUGAGGCCGAGUUGACGUUUGUUCCAGCAAAGAAGGAAAAGAGAAAGGUUCAGUUCAGAGCCGAUGACGAGGAGGAAGAUCCAGAGAAGGUCAAGAACAGCGGAAGAACUAAACAGAGAUUUGAUGGCCGUAGAAUAGCUUCAAGAAACAAGUUCCGUGGUAUGUAA